CAGGACGUGCAGAAGAUGGGAGAUUGGGAAGGGCACCGGGGCUUUCUCCUCAGCUUUCGGGCUCUUGUGUCUGGCGGUGGUCAGAGAUUAUGAUGCCAAUCCGGUCAGAACGUGGUACGGGCUGAACAUUUACCAGGAGUGUGUGUGUUUUCCGUAGGAAAAGACAGGUUGCGUUUGCACGAAAGGAAGGAGCGAAGGCAAUGAUGCUGGCCGAGCAGGGACAGACGUGGUUUCCGACCCAUGUCCAAGUCACUGUCCUACAAGCCCGGGAUUUGAACCCCAAAGGUAAAAGUGGCACCAAUGAUACAUACACCAUUAUCCAACUGGGUAAAGAGAAAUAUUCGACUUCAGUGGCGGAGAAAACCUUGUUCCCGGUAUGGAGGGAGGAAGUGUCCUUUGAGUUCCCUGGUCUAUUGCUGCAAGGAACGCCCGAGAAAUACACCCUCCACCUGAUUGUCAUGCACCGUUCACUGGUCGGAUUGGAUAAGUUCCUCGGGCAGGUGGCCGUUUGCCUCAAUGAACUUUUUGAAAAUAAAUCGAGGAGGCAAAAAGAAUGGUUCAAGUUAGAAUCCAAACCAGGAAAGAAAUCAAAAGAGAGAGGAGCGAUCCAAGUCUGCAUCCAGUUCAUGCGAAACAACAUGACUGCAAGUAUGUUUGAUCUUUCCAUGAAAGACAAAACCAGAUCCCCUUUCGCGAAACUGAAGGACAAAAUGAAAGGAAGAAAAACUGAUGCCAUGUUCUGUGAUCAUUCGUCUGCAAUUAUUCCAAGUACCACGUCUGCUAACCCUAAUCAAGAAGCAUUGGAAAUGGAUAAACAACUAAAGUCAAAGCCAAAAAAGAGCUUCCUAUUGGGACCACAAAGACUAUCAUCUGCACAAUCAAUGUCAGAUUUACCUGGUUCCCAUCCAUCACUGGAAAAAAUUAAAUCUAAUACCUUGGGCCAUGUGGAUUACAAACCUCCUUCAGGAGCAGUUGAUGUAAGAGAAGAAAGGGGAAGUGACUACGUUCCUAAAUCGCCCCACAGACGAUCGCAAAGCAUGGACACUUCCAAGAUUGAUCAAUUUGAUCUAAUUUCUGCUUCAAAGAAUGGGACUGAUCCAACAAAGUCAUCACAAAAAGCCGCAACAUUACCGAGAAGUAAAAAUCCUUUUGAUAGUACCAGUGACUCAUGGGAAAUCAGAAAUAGUAGUUUAGAAACGAAAAAUGCAGCAAGUUACAGACUAUCAGAUAUUAAGAAAGAGGCCAAGAAAGAUAAAGAGAAAGAGAAAAUUAGUCUUUUUGCACGUGUAACUGGCAAGAAAGAUGUCAAAAAACCUGAAAAGAUUACCAACAUGAAGUCAGAAAGUUUCAGUGAUGCAAAACUGCUAAAUCCCUUUUCUGAAAAUUUUCACAGCAAUUUUGAAAUUGAUUCCAAAAAUCCAUUCUUCACAGACUUGAAAGCAGAUAGUAUGUCUAGUUUAACAAAGCCCAUGAAUUAUGAAGAUGUAAGAAGCAAAGCAUCCACUGACCAACACAAUGGCUUAAGUAAUAGUCAACGUGCAAGAAAAGCCUUCAAGCAGCAUCACUCUGAGUACUAUGGGGACAAAAUCACACCUUCCACAUCAGCCACAGCAGGCGAUGAAUCUCAACCUUCGACAUCGAGGCAGGCAGACAUAGAAGAUGACCUGCCUGCCCUGAUGGAAACAGACGAAGAUGAGAUGACACCCCAGUGUCCCACCACCCCAACCUCCGACAACUCAGCCUAACACACCAUCAUCAGUGUGCUGGCUGUCUUCCCGAUUCCGGUAAGUGAUACUACAUUGUACAUACAUUAUUUCUACUUUAUAUAGGCUGUGUAUUUUUAUGUGUUAUUUGGUAUGAUUUGGCAGCUUCAUAGCUUAAAGGUUACUGGAGAGAAUGUUUCUGCCGAGAAGGCUUGCGUGAGAUUUUUUGCUACGGUGGACAGUGCAGCAAUGAUUGCAGAAAAGAAUUUCUACUUUAUAUAGGCUGUGAAUUUAUUAUAUCAUUCCUCCUUUUACUAUAUGUUACUGUUAUUUUUGGUUUUAUGUGUUAUUUGGCAUGAUUUGGUAGGUUAAUUUCUGGGUCUGCGAACACUCAUAAAUUUUUCCCAUAUAAAUAAAUGGUAAUUGCUUCUUCACUUUACAACAUUCCUGCUUACGAACCAUUUCAUAGAAACGCUCUACCUUCGGAUGGCGGGGGAAACCUGUAUACUAUUCAUAAUGGUAUCAUCUUUGAGAUUUGGAAAAGGUCAAUAAGUCAGUAGCAGAGUGAUGAAAGUUGGAGUAUGCACAACUGGCUGGAAGUGGAGGAACACGAUGGAAAAGGAUAUGAGGCUAUGGGAGGUUACAAAGAUGGGGAGAGGUUAAGGCUAGGGUGGUUUUAAGUUGUGCCAUAAUGUGAAACAGGAAAACUAUCAAAACCCAGGUAAUAAUGCCUGCAUUUGGUCAGGAGGCUUUGUAAAAUAUUCCUAAUCUUUUUGUUGCAAGCUCAGUUCCUGUUAACUUCUAAUAAUCAAUUAGUAGUUUAUCUCAGGCAUCGGUCAGUCAAAAUGCAGCAGUUUUAGUUUGAUCAGGCUACUGACUGUGGGAGGCCAGUUGUGACAGCUAAGUAAAUUAGGUUAAGGGAACAAAAAAUGCUUUGAGAAAGUAUAAUCUAAUUAGGAUGCUGAUAAAUUUAAUUAUAUGUAUACCUCAAUUUGAACUUGCUACUCUCUUAUUUAAUAUUUAAAGAAAAAUAUUUUCCCUUUUGAUAAUUGAAUUAGCUAUUUUCUUUGUGAUUGUCAUUUCAGCCUAUUGGAAAUUAUUUAGUAAAAAUGUAAUGGGUGCCUGUUUAAUUUUUUGUUCAUUGAACAAUGUCAUUCAAACAGGGGUCAAAUAAUUUGGUGGUAUAAGGCAACAUCCUCAAGCUCUACAAUUGUAAUAUGGUGCAGAUAUGGUCCAGAGUUGGUGAUCUGAUGGUAGCGAAUGGACAAAACAUUCCAAAGUUUAAUUUUGUAUAAAAUACUAAUGCUGUCAAAUUGAAAGCAUUUAAAUCCUAAAGUUGCUGCCAAAAUUUCUAUUGAUUAUGUUCAGUCAAACAGUCCUGUCUGCAGACAACUGCCAGCAUUUUCAAGAUUCAAGAUUGUUGUCAUUCUUCAGUAAAGGAGAACAAAAUGAUUAUUAUUACGGAUCCGAUGCAGCAGCAAACAAACAAUCAUAAAGAACACAAUAAUAAAAACUAAAUCAAAAGCAAUCUUACAAAACAGCAUACAACUUCCUGUUAUAUGCACAGAAUGAUUGUAUGUACAUAAAGUGGUGCUAGGUGAUGUGUGUGUAUGUAGUGGUAGUGGGGUGGGUUAAUAGGUGGAGGUGUUUUACAGCCUGCCAGCUUGGGAGAGGUAACUGUUUGUGAAGAUUUCCUCUUUCAUGAAAAUCCUAAACUUGCUGGCACCAGCUAGCAUUUCCUCAUAAAAUCCAGCUUGCUGUGGAAGGUUACUUUUUCAGGUAGCUUUCAGGUUCGUAAUUAGCCGCGCACAUUUCUGUAUGGAAGAAUUAGUCCAAUCACACAAGAUUGUCCUUCAAUGAAGUAUUUCGGUAUACUGAGCAAAAUGGAACUAAUUUUGAACCAUUACAUUCAUGAUCCAAGAGUGAUGGUUAAAUACAAUUUAUAAGUUAAUAUAUUAUUUCUCAAUAAUAAUUCUGGUUAUUCAUUUAAGACCAUCGUGAAUUCCUUCCCCCUCAUCUCAAUGAAAAUGUGGAAGUAUUAAUCAAGGAUUCACACACUAAUUAUCAGUACACAGAUACAGCUAAU